UGCAAACGUUCAUCUACACCAGUGUUCACACGACUAUGCGGCUCACUAUGAGGGAACUUGGCGUAAUUUUGUUCCUUUUGGCUCUAAACCACAACAUUCAGGCCCAGACAACAAAAUCAGAGGCCUGCAGUCUACCGCCAGAUGGAGGGCCAGAAUCAGAGGAAGAGGUCAGGGUAUAUAUGUACUACGAUGCAGUAAAAGACAACUGCUAUCCUUUCCGAUACUCUGGGAAAGGUGGAAAUGCGAACCGAUUCACAACAGAGAGGCAGUGCAUGAGAAACUGUUCGCAAAGAGCCGAUGAACUCUUUCCCAGGGAAGAAAGAAAAGCUUGCUAUCUUCCAAAAAAGGCAGGGGAGUGUUACGGUCACUAUCUCCGUUAUUACUACAGUCCUGAGCAUCACACAUGCAAGUCUUUCUACUGGUCCGGCUGUGUGGGUAACGGAAACCGGUUCCUCACGAUGAACUGGUGCAAUACCACGUGUUACAAUGCAGCAGACGAAGGCCUUGAAGACUAUUCUGGUGAAUCAGAUGUACCAGUCGGAAUUAUCUUGGGUGUUGUGUUUGGACUUAUUGGUGCUGUUAUUCUCAUUGUGGUGAUUGUCUUCGCUGUGAAGAAUAAAAACAAGCCUAGCUCGAAGAAACGUGGGAAAAAAGAUGGAAAGUCUGCAGAGAAACCGCUGAAAGAGCAGGCCAUCGAGAUGGGAGAGGGAGAAGCACAGCCAGCCACUCUUGAAGUCUCUACAAUCCAGUCCUAAAUUUUUAACCAAUCGCUGUUUGCAAUUUUUUUUUUAAAUAAGAUGUACAGGUAAAAAAUGUUUGACUGUAAUAAAAAGGUAAAUACUUAAUAUUCCUGUUGCUUAUUUACUUGUACUUUAUACUAGUGUCUGUAUAUUCGGGAGUCCAUUUCUAAUUUGCAUCGUUUUAUAUGUCAGCUAAACUGGCCAUAUCACAAUAAACAUAUAAUGAAAGAAA